AACAAUUAUAAUCACCAAUUUCAUCCUGGAUCUUAUUCACAAGUUCCACAUGAGAGUAUUCGUCACGACUGACUUUUUGUGAUAAGAACCAAAUUUUAGGUCUCGAAAAAUUUUUAAUUGUUUCUCAAAUUUUAUCAAGUUUCUAGUAAAUUUCUCUUUUUUCCUUUUUCUUGAUUUCUAAUUCAAUUCUGAUUUAUCUUCCGAGAAGAUCAAUGCAAAACCACGUGUACCACACUCUCACUUUUCUGCAGACUGUCAACAAUACGUUUUUCUCAUCAUAGUUUAUACAAAAUAUUAUCUAUAUAUUAUCUAUAUAUAUUAUCUAUAUAUUAUCUAUAUAUGCACGUGUCUCGGUGCAUGAAACCAAAAUGAUAAAAAUUCUCAUCAGCAAAAGAAGUAACGAGACGAGGAUAGGAGGUUUCUUUGAAAUUCUUGCCGGGUGAAAGAGGUUAGAUGUCUUGAAUCUUGUUGAAACUAGGUUAGCUUCGUUGAGCGAUUCUUCCUCAUUUAAUUUGCAGGUGUCCGUCCGCGACUAAUGAGACGGAGUGUCAUCUUUUCUCCUUUCAUUUCUUCCUCUGUGACGAGUGAUUAUCGAAAAUGUGUGAAGUCGUCGUCUUGUUCGACGGUUACUCCAAAAACUUGGAUGAUGGUAGGAUGGAUGCGAACUGUACCUGCACUCUGAUAAAGGGCACCAAAUUAAUUAUCGUCGAUACCAUGACUGCUUGGGAUCGCGAAAAGCUGGUUGAAGCGCUUGCACAGCACAAUAUUCAGCCAAAUGACAUCGAUUAUGUUGUUUGCACUCAUAGCCAUUCCGACCACAUUGGGAACAAUAAUCUGUUUACAAAUGCAGAACAUAUUGUAGGCUUGACUGUUCAGCGCGGUACUAUAUUCCAUGAAAACCCACAGAUCUCGAGCGACGGCUACGAGCUCUGUCCGGGUGUUAAAGUUAUAGCCACGCCAGGACACACAAAAGAGGACGUCACUGUCUUGGUAGAGAUGAUAAAGGAUGGAGAAAUAAAACUUCUCGCUGUUACAGGAGAUUUGUUCGAAAAAAAGGAAGAUAUUUCAAAUCCAUCCAUCUGGAAAUUAUUAGGUACACCAGAGUUAUCGCAAAUUCAAUCUGUCACGCGUUCUCGUAUAAUAAAUCUCGCAGAUUUUAUAAUACCUGGACAUGGACCAAUAUUCCAUGUUACGAACACUAUGAGAGAAAUCGUGAAGAGUCAAGUGAUAUAAGAUAAGUAAUAUAAAAAGAAAAGAAAAAGAGAAAUUCUGUAUUGUUAAAAAACAUUUUUAUUUUGUGAAUAAAAAUGUAAAACAGAAUUUUAUAUAAAAUACGUUAAUAAAAAAUUUCUACAAAUAAUUAUACAACAUUAAAAAUUAUUAUGAGCUUGUAAAAUAUUAUUGUAAAAAAUUGUUAUACUUUCUUUUUCUUUUUAUUUUUAUCUCCACGCCUAUUGAUUUUAACAAACAAUUUUCAUCACAAACAAUUGUCACUCAUUAACUCGAAAUUUGAACUGUUAAAAUCCUUGUGCUCAUCGUAACAUGAAAUACUGUGAAUUCAUAUACUUAAGUUUAAAUUUAAGUAAUGAUAUAUUCGUCUUCGUAUAUAUUUUUCUAAAGAUUAAUUAACGAUAAGCGCCUUCUCAUAUUUAUACAAUUAUUUAAUAUCUGAAUGAAAAUAUAUCUUCUUUAUUUUAAUAUAUAUUUUAUUUUAUUUUAAUUUCAUACUUGAUAAUAGUAUACUUGUAUACAAGUAGAGUAAGUCAAACUGAAUAGAAAAAUUCAAUAUAUCA